AUGGGUCAACUACUGAGCUUUAUCAAUGGAACAGAUCAUGCUGAGCAGAUAUUCAUUGACUUUGAGAACGCUCAACCAUCGGAGGAGGAGAAGGUACUUCAUCAGACAGUGGGUGAGGUGUUGAACAAGGGUCCAGAGAUACUUCAGAAGCUCACGACAUACACUGGAUGCAAUGAGUAUAUUAGAAGAGCGAUUACCAACCCUGGCCCAGACACUGAGGAGACGGCUUGGGAGCACGUGCUGCCUGCAGUCGACAUCUUGCAGGAGUUCUACGACUAUUCAUUGCUGCUGGAGGGUUGCUUCCCCAAGCUGCUCGUGGCACUGUGCAAGGACGAUCCAAAGAUCAGUCUCUCCAACAAACAAGCUCUUGCCAAGCAGCUGGCCGACGUAUUCGACUUUGUUCUGCGAUUCGACGAUGCCAAGAUGGUCAAUCCAGCGAUCCAGAACGACUUCUCAUAUUACCGUCGCACAUUGAACAGAAUGAAGCUCACCAAGAAGGACUCAAACAUCAAGAUUCGCGAUGAGUUGGCAAACAGAAUGUCAUUGUUCUUUGCCUACCCAACACCAAUGAUGAAGGUGCUCAGUGAAACUACUGCCAAGUUCCUUCAAACUGAAACCACUGUGCCUAGAGAUCACGUAACAACUUCGCUGGCGACAAUGGCCAACGUUUGCCAUGACAUGGUGGACAAGAAGAAGUUCAACAACAAUGAGAUCAAUAUGUUCUGUUUGAGAGCUAUGGUUGGCUCCAUCAUUCUGUUCGAUCACAUACAUCCAGCAGGCGCCUUUAUAAAGAAGUCAUCGAUCAAUAUCAAAGGAUGUAUUGUCACUCUCAAGGAUCACAACACAAACUCAUUGACAGAUGGUCUGCUGAACGCUCUAAGAUUUACGACGAUACACUUGAACGAUCCAGAAACGCCAGGUUCCAUCAAACAGUUGUUAUUGCUCGAUUAG